CACGCACGCACGCACGCACGCACGCACGCACGCACGCAGAUCUUGUGCAGAAAGAAACCAUCCACACAGAUCGUCAAGAUGGAGAAUAAAAUCCCGGACUUCUCUGGAAAAUGGAAAAUGAAGUCGUCGGAAAGUUUUGAGGAGCUCUUGAAAACGCUGGGUGUGAAUGUAUUUGUGAGGAAAAUAGCCGGGGCGGCAGCCUCCAGUCCUGCAGUGGAAAUCACCCAGGAGGGGGAGAGUCUGUCCAUCAAAACAUCCACCAGCAUCCGCACAACCCAUGUCUCCUUCACUGUGGGUCAGUCUUUCAAUGAGACCACAGUAGAUGGACGCCCCUGCACGAGUUUUCCGACCUGGGAAUCGGAGAGCAAGAUCAGUUGUACGCAGACUUUACAGAAAGGCGAGGGACCCAAGACAGCCUGGACUCGAGAGCUGACUAAUGAUGGAGAGCUUAUAUUGACAAUGACAGCAGGGGAUGUUGUCUGCACCAGAGUUUAUGAAAGGGAAUGAGGACGUGACGAGGCUGUCAUACAAUACUCCUCCUUUGUGCCUCGGACAUGCGUCACGGUUCCUCAUCUUGCUCUUCCCUUUGUCUUCUGAGUGAGGCCAAUUUAGUUCCACCUGCAGAAAAUGAUUCCGUCGACAUAAUGUGUCAAUCGCUUCGGUAAUCACUUAGAAAUUUGCUUGGAUUCUUAGUUCCCCAAAUUAUUAGCCACGCAAAGUGGGGAUGGGCAUUUCAUGAAUCUUUACAAAUUUGUCUAUUUCCUUGAUCUGCUAUGGGGACACUUAACAAUCAAUGAAUUAUGAAAUAUUACUUUUGUUGAUAUGGGGAAAUCUCAGCAUCUGGAAGCUGUUAUAGCAAUGGUGGUUAUAGUUCUUUUUUUUUUUUUUUUAUCAAUUGUUAUUUCCAGUUAAGGCUGGUGUCCAAUGUGCAGGAGUUACUUUUUUGUAUCACCAAACCUGAAUGGAGUGUUGAUGUAUCAAACAAAAAGAUGACACAUUUAUUUUCAAAACCAUUGUCAAAGUUUUUUAUUAUAUAAACGUGAUCCAUUAUGCUUUUCAAAUAUAACACAGUGAUCAAAAUCCUAUUUUGCAAUGGCCAAGUCAGAGCACAACCAAUUAAAAACUGUGUUGUGAUCUGAAGUUGUGCACAGCAACUGCCCUUGGCAAAUUUGGAGCGCCAAGUCAAGAUCCGCCAUAUUGAUAGUCAUACCUAUAAAGAAAUGUACAAAGUAUUAUUCGUCUUUAUUUGCAGCGUAGUGGUCAUUUUCAUGUUUUUCAAUUACUGUAUGUAUUU